UCCCGAGGACGAUUCCUCCUCAACUAGAAUAAUACAAACCCAAUUUGAAUUUUUUUCUCCUUCAGACUCUUUAAUCAACGAAAAUAAACAAGCACCAACGAUACUAUUAGAGACGAUGUCAGAUAAUCCUCGAGAACAACAACCACAACGAUCUCUGCAGAAAGCAAUAUCUGACAAUGGCAUAAACGAACUUUUUAGUAAAGACGCAACAAUAGAGACGAAAGUCACUACUGUAUCCGACGAAUUAAAAGUAAAUGACAAUGAUUCGACCUUGUUAGCACCACCACUUAGUACUCCACAAUUGAGUAGCGGUGAAAUUUCCAAAGUAACAACUUCUAAUUCAAGUGAUAUUUCACUACCAUCGCAAACAAAUAAUAAUAAUCACGGAUCAAAACCUCUUCCGCAGUUUAUAUUCAAAGCUCAUCCUUCGAAAUCAAAAAGAGUAAGCUGGAUCCAUGAUUUGAAAAGAAUAUUUCAACGGCCAAGCGUUAUUCAGCGUCGUCGGCCAAUGCGAACUGAUCCAUUUAGUCAAGAUAUUCAAGCGUUUAAUUUCAAAUUCGGUGGUCUCAGCAAAGAACUUGGAUCGGGAGCAGGUGGUUCUGUUCAUUUAGUUCGUCGACCAGGUGACUCCAAAUAUUUCGCAGCAAAACAAUUUCGUCAACGAGGGACACACGAAAGCGAACGUGGUUACGUUAAAAGGAUCACUACAGAAUUUUGCAUCGGCUCAUCACUUCAUCACGAAAACAUUAUCGAAACAUUGAACAUUGUACGUGAAAAUGGACAUUAUUAUGAAAUAAUGGAAUUUGCUCCGUACGAUCUCUUCGAUUUGGUCAUGUCAGGUAAUCAAACGGAAGCAGAAAUCUCAUGCUUGUUUAAACAACUCAUCAACGGUGUUGCAUAUUUACAUGGAAUGGGAAUCGCACAUCGGGAUUUGAAAUUGGAUAAUUGUGUGGUGAACGAACACGGAAUCCUAAAAAUUAUCGAUUUUGGAUGUUCGAGUGUAUUCAGAUAUCCAUUCUCGGACAAGAUUAUAAUGAGUUCAGGCGCAUAUGGCUCGGAUCCAUACAUCGCUCCUGAAUGUCAUUUAGAAGGCAAAUAUGAUUCACGAUUUGCUGAUAUAUGGGCGCUUGGUAUUAUCUUUGUGUGCAUGUCAAUUGGUCGAUUUCCUUGGAUGCUAGCAGAUCCGGAAACCGAGACACCAUACCGAAUCUACCUAAAAAACCCUGAUAAACUACUCAAACGCCUUCCUGAAGAGUCACGACAACUAAUUCGAUGGAUAUUAGAUCCGGAUGUCACGAGACGAGCGAAAAUCACGGAUAUUUUAUCGCACGAAUGGAUCACUUCCAUUGAAAUAUGUCAUGAAUGCGAAUCUGCCAAGGGUCAUGAACAUGUUUUACCAUUGAAUAUGAAUAAAAUGAACGGAAUUGAUGACGAACACAUCAUCCCUAAUAAUAGUAGUAAUAUUUCGUCUUCUACCGCUGUUUCGUCAAGUAGUGGUGUUGCAUAUGUGACAGAGAAGGUGCAAAAG